AUGGGGCAGCCUCAGCCCGCAGGGCAGCUCCGGCGUGACGCGCCCCUGCGUGUGCGCAGGGAGAAGCCUGGGGCGGCGGAGCCCCGGCAUCGCAGGAGGAGCAUCCUACAGAGACACGAGGGCUCUGAGCUUGGGGACGAGACAGUUAAAGCCUCCCUGUGCGAGCCAGUGAUAUCACACAGCGCGGGGGCCAGGUCAGCAGUCUGGCUGGAGCUCGGACGUGGCGGGUUGUGCCAUGUGGUGCCAGGCACCCCGGGGAGCCCUGAAGAGGGACCCCCAAACCGGGUUUCAUUCUGCAGCACGGGGGAUGCUUUGGCGACAGCCUCACGCAAGGAAACAGGGUUGUAUGGCUGCUUCCCAGACAAGCCACGUUGGAGCACGGACCUCCCCGGCUGGGAGCCCACUGUUGCUGCGACAAAAGAAGCUCAGCUGGGAACCUGCUCAGGGACGGCGACAAUAAGAUCCCGCCGUCUUGGCUCAGCGUCCCGAUCAGAGAUGUUUCCAGGAGCCGUGGGACUCUUCCGGGGGCCAGAAGAUUGCACGUGGCCGUUGACCAGUCACUGUACCGCGCACUUGGCGCGUCCAUCCUUGUGGCCGGCCGGGGGCAGCAGGAUCCGGGAUCCGCGCGCCGCAGACGCAGGAGGGCAGCCCCGGGGAGGGCAGGUCUGGCGGAGGGUCCCCGGGGAAGGGGGUUGGGUGGGUGAGUGCAGGUCCGCGGAGGGGGCCUGGCCCUCGCCCGUCUGCGGCCGCACAACCCACACGGUUGCUCCGUCCGCGAGGACGUCUGCCUAUUUCAAGUUUUGAGGGAGGAGCCCCUAAACCAUUUCCUUACUAUCUGAUGGCGGAGUUGGAUUCUGGAACAAUCCGGGGUAGACAGGCAGGAAAAUCCCAGCAACUGAAACAUCGCCUUAUCUCAGAGGCAG